AUGCCCGGCGUCAUCCACGCUCUACGGAAGUUCAACAGAGCGCGCGCAAGACAGGGGGGGGGAGUCUACGUAAGAGUCGAACCUGACGUUCGAGUAUACUGUGACCAGUGGAGAAGGCCUAAAGAUCAUAAGCAAGACGGCCCCAGUUCCAGCCCUCAGAAAAUGGCUGAAGCACCUGCACCCUCCUCCGUCUCCUCCACCCCUGUGUUGACCCCAAAGAAGAGACUUGCAACAGAGGUCCUUCACAAGCUAAGGACGAACAAGAAAGAGUUGAUGGCCGACAAGGGGGGCGUUGUGAUCACCUCAGACCCAACGGCGACCAACGGCAAGGUCCAGUUCACCGUGAACCAGCUGAAGGAGGACUUCAUCGUCAGGUUUAAUAUCCUUAACCAAGGGACAAACAGCAUCCACUUUACGUAUUACGCAGCCCUGCACAGGAUUCGCCGUUUCCCCCUGGUGGCUGAACGGAGAGUGACCCGAGCCUGUCCGCUGUCCCUCUGUCCUGGAGAAAGCUAUGAGGUCGUGGUCCAGUACAGGCUGAACAGCUAUGGGCACUUCCCUGCCACCAUGUACUUUGAGUUUUGCCCAGACCCCCCAGGAUCCAAGACCCUCUGCAUCGUAAGGGAAAUGGAAGCCAUCGCCAGGACCCCUUUAGCGAUGGACCUAGAGCCUGUGGCUCCUUACAAGCCUUAUCAGGUGGCCACAUACGAGCCUGUCAGCACCGUGAUGGUGGAGGGCGUGCCGCCCGAGAGUUCUGCUGUCCAGCAUCUAAAGAUGACGCUGAAAUUAGGAGACUACAGAUACCCUGCUUACCUAAAGGAUUUGGCUAAACGGAGGCUGGAGGACUCCCGGUACCAUUCUCCCACAGUCCGGCAGAAACUUACAUCAGUCAGCUCUUUACGACUUCCCCCGGGGGGUCUCCUCAACUGCCUGCUUAAAAUGAGGAAUUACGCUCAGCGCCUCCACCUCCUCCUGCACCUGGAGGAGAUCCAGAUGGAAGUGGACAUCAGGAAGUGUGACCUCCACAGUCAGACCAUGACUCGAGACCGAGGAAACAAGAAACUACUCAACCUAAGGGUUCCCGGCGUCGCUGAGAACCGACCAUCUGUCCUCAGAGGAGACCGUCUGAGGGUGUCCAAAUCUGAGGACACGGUCCAGCCCAUCACGGUGUACACAGGCUCUGUUCACAGAGUCGAGUUGGAUAGUGUGAAGCUGGGAUUCUCAAAAAAGUUGGUGCAGAACUUUAUCAGCAACAUGAAGUUCAGUGUUGAAUUCACUUUAAACCGCUUCCCUAUGAAGAUGCAACAUCGAGCAAAGCAUCAGCUGGAGGAGGUGCUGUUCCCCUCAGGUCCAGGGAAGACCAGCAUCAGCUUGCCUACACUCAGGCUUGUGUCCGGAGGCGUCCCCAGCGGUCAUUUCACCCACGUGUUUGUGGAUGAGAGCGGCCAGGCAUCGGAGCCUGAAUGCAUCGUUGCCGUUGCUGGUCUGCUCCAUCCACAGAAGGGUCAGCUGGUUUUGGCAGGAGAUCCCCAGCAGCUUGGACCCAUCCACAGGUCUCCCCUCGCCCUGCAGUAUGGACUUGGUCUGUCCCUGCUGGAGAGGCUGAUGCGAGAUAACGCUUUGUAUAAGAAGAAUGAAGAAUCUGGGAAUUACGACAACCGCUUUGUGACCAAGCUCCUACAAAACUACAGGUCCCGUCCUGCGAUUCUGAAAAUCCCCAAUGAGCUGUUUUAUGAAAAUGAACUGCAAGUGUUCGCCGAUACGCAGGAGCGGCAGGCCUACUGCUACUGGGAACGCCUUCCCAGACGGAGUUUCCAAGUGAUUUUCAACGGGCUGAUGGGGAAGGAUGAGAGGGAGGCCAACAGUCCUUCCUUCUUCAACGUGUCAGAGAUCGAGGUUUUGGUUGAAUACCUCAACAAGCUGUGGCAAACCCAGGGCAAGAAGGGCAUUCCCAAACUUUGCCCAAAAGACAUUGGCAUCAUCACCCCCUAUAGGAAACAGGUUGAGAAAAUCCGCAAAGCCUUGAAGUCUAUUUCCAAGCUGAAUCAGUGGAAUGAUCUACAAGAGCUCAAGGUUGGUUGA